UAAGUCGCAUGGCCUACUAAAAAAUAUUCCUACCAAAUAUACUUGUAGAUUGGUUACCAGAUAUACAGCCGAUUAUAUUGUGCGACACUAUUUUCACUGAACGAACCAAACCGACAUGGAGGUCUUGGCUGACAAGAAGAGGCUUCCUGAGCUGAAGCUACCUAGCUUUUCCAGUGAAUAUGUGGAAUACUUGGACUUUAUUUCCUGAAGAGAAGUUACAAUAUCUUCGCUUCUGUUUCUCGAAUGCGGCCUUGAAUUCGCGAAAUAUCAAGGAAGUUCUUGGGCUCAAAAAGGUAGAUUCGCCUUCUGCUUCGAGAGUUUUCGGAUGCAGUCAACUGCAAACAUUAGGAAGUGCAGAGGAGAUAUCGGGAUUCAUGAUAAUCCACAUGAUGCUGCAGAAGUUGGAUUUGAAGACAAAAACCAAAUGGGAAGAGACUGAGUCAUCGGCCAAAAUAUCUAAAUCUGGGAAGUUUUCCGAUUUCUUGGAGAAACGCUACCAGGAGAUGGGGAACGUGCUAUACGCUAUAGCGACAAAGCUACAGCCCAUUUAAAGAAAAAACGAGAAGGAACGUGUGAGUCGCUUCUGGGAACGCGACUCUAUUUAUACCCGUACUCAGUCAGUAUAUACAUGUGGUGAUGAACUGGUUCUCUUCGAUUAAGACUCUCUCUCACUGUGAUAACGUGCUGCUUGAAAUUAGGCUUACGCUUGAGUUAUUUAAAAUAAGGUUUUGUCUUUAUUCGUAUAUAUAUAAAUGUAAUGGUUUUUAACUUAAGUUUUCACAAUUUCUCAAUUCUGUUCUCAAUUUUCAUCCGAGCUGAGCACACACAACCUCUUUCUCUCGUAACCAGAACUCUACUCUUUCGAUUAUUCGAUUCCUCUUCUUUGCUUGAUCAACUCGAUAUUCAUCUACUCGAUUAUUAAUAUUAGGGAUAUUCUUGCUUAUGACUUUCCUACAUUCGGCCAUCCGACCUCCACAUUCGUCCCGAAUGCUGGACUCCAUUUCUUCAUGUAUUCUGCUACAGUAUUAGUCCUAUUAGGUCCCUCUUCUUCACCCAACUUUUCGACUAAAUAUCUACCAUACCUCAAUUUACGGACUACUCUAUAAGGACCUAUAUAUUUUUUC